UAAUACCCUCAAACACCGAGAGCAGACGUUACAUCACAGAUCUACCAUCCAGGUCCGAGGCUCCACAGACGCUGGAAUUGUCAGGUUUAUUGUGCUGCUUCCGUCGAGAGAGGGCCACAAGGAAGAGAUUUGUCACAAGUUUAGCAACACCAAUAAGUGCGAUAUAGUUGAGGCACGUCCGAAGAAACGUAAAGCGGCUGCGGAAGAGCGGGCGCCUCCCUCGAAGCCCAUGCCCGUCACCUUUCCCUCUUUUCCACACGUCUCUCGGGACCCCCUGAACUGGAUCACGGGCGAAGCUUCCGGCCUUUUUGCGCAAUUCGCCGCCAUCAGGAGGCCCUCUGAUGUGACUACAGGCCACUUAGCCCUUUUCAAUGUCAUCUGCGAGCCCGCAGUCGACUUUGAAUCACUGCUAUCCAGUUCACCAAAUGCAUUAUCGUUUCUGCCGCCUGCCUCCUGGACGAAGCCUCUCGAAGAGGGCGUUGAACUGGAACCAUGCAAUCACCUGCUCAGCAAUGGCAGGAAACCUCCAGAUCGCAAGGACUUCUACGCCCGAGCCAAGGAACUCUAUUGCGACAAUGAAGAUGCCUUCUCAGUGUUAACUAGCGUCCCUGGAUUAUCCCAGCCUGCACCUUGCCUUGCUCGAUUUCGCCGCUUCUGGGAAGGCCUUAACAGCAUGGCCUACUACUGGGAUACCACCGACUUGGCUUCCAAAGACGCCCAGGCAAAUGACCGUGACCUACAAGCCGAAGUCGAGGCAACGAACGUUAAGGAGCCGCGGCGCAAGAAGGCGAAGAGAGUAACAGAGUCAUCACCCGAGGAAUCCCCAGUACCCACCCACCAUGUCGAGUCUAUCCCAGCACACACAAUACACUCAGGCGUCUCAGUGCCUGCUCAAACCCAGCCACCAAAAGCCCCUUGGUCAUCGGACAAGCCUGCAGAGCCAGCCGAGAGAAUACCAGGCACAUAUCGCCGCAUCAGGCUUGGAAACGGCGCCGAGAUGCCGCACUCAUUUCGCCUGAACACCGUGGGAGGUUUUCUCGAGCCCAUUGCUUCGGCCUUUGGUUUGAUGCUUGUGCCUCAUCGUCACCCGCCUACGCUGGCUCUGGGAAACAUUCGAUUCCCGGUACGCAUGAGUGCCGUGGCUUGGCGAGAGCCGGCUGAUGGUAUGAGGGUCCGUGCAGGCUGGUUGGAAGGGCCUGUGAUGGGUGUUCAGUGUAGACCGGAGACGGGUUUCGGAAGCACGGACUCUUUAGAAGCAGAAUCUGUGCUUGAUGUAAUACGAGAGCUUGGCGGCAUGUUGCUGUUGUCUCAAGAGCGGGCAAGAGAAGGCAAGACUAAGAAGAAACCCGGAGACGGCAAAUGGUGGGUUACUCGGCCUCGAUGGGGAGGCCCUGAGGGCGAGGUUAGCAAAGAGAGGCGGCGAGUGCCGGCUGCAGAGGCUUGGAAGCUUAUGAGAUCCAAAGACGGCUUCUGGGAUCCCAAAGUCGAAUAUCAAGCCAUUGGAAAGAGUUCUGGUGCGGUAUGGGAUGAAAUCUAUAUGGUUUCGUCACUCAACCACCAUAUCAGCAUACUCAAGCUGCGAGUCCACUUUUUGUAUGUCCAGUUUUUGACGGACGGCGGUUUACCAAAAGAUCUCCCCAAAGAUGCAUCGUGGGCUUCACCCACACUACAGCGGACACGCUGGUAUGAUUUCUUCGUUAUUGAGGACAGAGCAGAAGCCAUGCGAGGGCUUUGGGGUAUCAUGGCAUACCUAAUGCGACAGAAAGAGAACGUGGACACUACUGUGAAGGAUAGCUAGGUGUAGUGCACAUUUAACACAACUACCUAUGCUUCAGGGCUGGCAAUGAACAGUCUUGUGCCCUCUCGUCAAUCAUCCUACUUCACGCCGUGAUUUGCGUAAGCGAUAACGGCGCCCUGCCGAUGAUGAUUGAUGUUUUGCCGAGUGAUUUUGC